AUGGUGUCAUUCAUGGACCUACUGCCUGUUGAGACAGUCAGCCAUAUCGUUCAGUACCUUGGUACUGGCGACGCCAACCGCUUUGGGCAAACUUGCAAGGGCGCUUACAUCAUCACAAACCCUAUUGUCUACAAGGACAACGUCCCCACGAAGACUAAGCGAGGACCUGUUACUUGGGGCGUUGUUACGCGUCAACUCCGAGUCAUCGAGAUGGCAGUAGUCGCUGGGGCAGAUUUAUGGGCGACCGACUGGUUAUCCUGCUAUCAAUAUGAGCUUGGCUUAACAGGACGUUUCGAUGACCAAUAUGAGUGGUGGUGGGGAGAUGAAGCCAGUAUGCAGGGACGAGGCUCACCCCUUCACUAUGCCGCCAUGAUCAACAAUGCCGAGGCGGCUGAGUAUCUACUACAGAACAGUGCAAGGCACCCUCGCGGCGACUUAGAAAAAGACUGGUCCAUUGCUAUGUGCCCCUGCGAAGUGGUUAAUCAUGAAGAAUGGGACGGCGGUGUUAGGGCAUUUCUACCACUUCACACAGCAGCCUGCCAUGGAAAUCUGGAUGUCGCCCGAGCUCUGCUGGAGCGUGGUGCCUCUGCUAGCCACCAUUCCGACAUAUACAACAACACGCUUCUUCACUCACUCGUUCACAAAGGUCCCAAUCGCUUGGCAAUGAUCAAGUUAAUUGCAAGUCAACCGGAUGUGGACAUCAAUGCAAGAGACGAUGAUGAAGCAACUCCAUUGGAAUUGGCGCUUUACGAACCAAAUAAUGGCAAGAUUAUUGCCAAAUUAGUACAGCUUGGAGCAAUUGACACCUUACCUCCACACGCCAACCUCCUCAGGCGUUGCUUCACAGAUCGCGAUUUGGGAAACGCCCUGGCUCUUCUUGAAGCGGGCGUCUACAGUCAUGACCACCUGCGCCCGGUUGUGGAUGGUCUCUUCUGUGCCUUGGUUAAUCCAGUAUCAUAUGGGCAAUGGACAACGACAUCUAAUUACGGCCCCCUUGAUUCGCGGGCUAGGAGGGUAGUGAGGGAAAUGCCCGAAGAGCUGAUAGCAAGGAUUGUCCGCAUCAUGAUUGAGAAGUACGAUCUCGAUAUCAACACCCCGCUCCACGAUAGCCGCCACACCCCGUUGAACUUCAUUAUUCAUCUUGGAAACCGGACAAAGCUCAAAUUCUUGGUCACCCUCUUGAUCAACCUUGGCGCCAGACUCGACGUCGCAGAUCAACUUGGCCACAAUGCCCUUGUCGCAUGUUUAUGGGCUUCAUUAGAAAGUGAGGAAGAUAUCGGAUUGCGCGCAGCGCCAGUUGGCGCCAUGACGUUGACAUGA